GUCAUUAAUUGAAAGUUACCUGACAGCUUUGCUUUUUUUAGAAGUAACGUCAUUGUAGCAUCAUUUGUGGCAAAAUUUAUGUGUUCCGACAUCUCAAGAAAUACCGAGAUGAAAAGCAGCAGAAGCUGGUAUUAAAUGUGGUGUCAAAAAUGUACCGAUUUUUUCGUGGCUGAAAUAUGCAACCUAAAGAAGAUUAAUGUUCUGCAUUAAUUUUUUUAAGUUUUUCUCAAUGUUUCGUUCGGGCUUUUCUGGGAGUAAACAGAGUGAUGGUCCAGAUUACGACCUCGUGGUGAUCGGAGGAGGAUCCGGGGGGCUAGCAGCAGCCAAAGAAGCGGCGAGUCUGGGCGCCAAAGUCGCGGUUUUAGAUUACGUCACUCCGACCCCCAAAGGUACAAGAUGGGGUCUCGGCGGGACGUGCGUCAACGUGGGUUGCAUACCGAAGAAAUUGAUGCACCAAGCCGCUCUCUUAGGCGACGCCAUAGAGGACUCCCAAAGCUACGGAUGGCAAUUUAGUAACCCCGAAAACAUCAAGCACGAUUGGGGAAUUCUCAGACAGGCUGUGCAGAAUCACGUGAAAUCGGUCAACUGGGUGACCAGGGUAGAACUUAGGGACAAGAAAGUAGACUACAUCAACGGAUUAGGAUUAUUCAAAGAUGCUCAUACCGUGCAAACGACUACUAAACAGGGUGAACGUACAAUCACAUCAAAAUAUUUCCUAAUAGCAGUAGGCGGAAGACCUCGGUACCCAAACAUACCGGGUGCCACAGAAUAUGGCAUCACUAGUGACGAUGUCUUCAGUUUGGAAGACAGCCCAGGAAAAACCUUAGUCAUAGGUGCUGGAUAUAUCGGUUUAGAAUGUGCCGGUUUUCUGCGAGGGUUGGGCUACGAUGCUACCGUUAUGGUACGAUCCGUGGUCCUCAGAGGAUUCGACCAACAGAUGGCCGGUCUAAUCUCGGCUGCUAUGGAAGAAAGGGGUGUUAAAUUUCUCCGCAAGUGUGUACCAAAAUCGAUCGAGAAAGCCAUCGACGGGAAGUUGCUAGUGAAGUGGACUAGUGAAAAUGGGCAAGAAUUCGGUGAUACGUUUGAUACUGUCCUAUUUGCGAUAGGUAGAAGGGCUUUAACGCGGGAGAUGCAGGUAGAAAAAGCAGGUGUUCAAGUAGCAGGAGAUGGUGAAAAAAUUGACGCUGUCAAUGAACAGACGAACGUACCACACAUAUACGCCGUUGGAGAUGUUUUAUACAAAAAACCAGAACUAACGCCCGUCGCAAUCCAUGCCGGCCGCCUGCUAGCCAGGCGACUUUUCGGCAACAGCACAGUCCAAAUGGAUUACGAAAAUGUCGCUACAACCGUUUUCAGUCCACUAGAAUACGGAUGUGUAGGGAUCAGCGAAGAAGUAGCGCUACAACGAUACGGAGAAGACAACGUCGAAAUAUAUCACGCCUAUUAUAAACCAACAGAAUUCUUCAUUCCACAGCGUUCGAUAGCUCAUUGCUACAUAAAAGUGAUUGCUAAACGUGGAGGAGAUCAGAAGGUCUUGGGGAUGCAUUUCAUCGGGCCUCAGGCUGGUGAAGUCAUCCAAGGCUUUGCAGCGGCUAUGAAGUGUAACCUAACCAUGAACGCACUAAUGAGCACUGUCGGCAUCCAUCCCACAAUCGCCGAAGAGUUCACCAGAAUUAACGUCACGAAAAGAUCGGGCAAAGAUCCCAAUCCGGCCUCGUGCUGCAGUUAAAAAAUACAGGAAAUGUCACACGUAAACACUCUUUACAAUAAGUAAUUGAUUCACAAAAUUCAGCUAGUAGUUGCGUAUGUAAAGACACGUAGAGAACCAGCAUAGUGAGACGAUGUUUCCCGUGAUAUUACUUAUCGUGAAAGGGCCACGCAAACUCCUUAUUUUAUCCUUAUUUGUAAGUAUACAUUCCACAGUGCCUUUACCUCUCUUAAGUGAAAUGUAUACAUACGGUCGAUGACAGAAUUUUGAUUCCUUGUUCAAUCAGUAUCAAGACCAAGUGUACCUUAAUUUAAUUUUAUUAUUCUUUUGUUCUAACUAAAUAAAUUAUAGAUCACA